AUGGAGGCCUUCAACUUUGCGACAUCUCUUGACCUAACCGAGUUUCCCUACUUUGAGCUCUACGUUACCGCGCAGAUAUGGGCUGAUAGCAAGCCCCUCACCGUCCCGGUUCAAACGGCCUACAAGUCGUUCAAGAAUGCGCGCAUAUGGAACGAAUGGCUUCAACUACCCGUGACGUAUGCAAACCUGCCGGCGUCGGCGCAAAUGGCCAUUACCGUUUGGGACCUGUCGCCCGCCGAAGACAAGGACUCGAAUCUUCACGCCGUACCCUUCGGAGGUACCACAAUACCGCUGUUUGACGAGGACAACGCACUGCACAAGGGUAGGCAGCGAUGUCGGAUACACCGCUUCAAGGCGGCAGAUGGCCUGACCAAUACCACGACGCCCUGGGUGAUACCACCGGCGCGGAGACCGAGGAAGGCACAGGUGGUUGAGGAUACUGUAGAUGAGCAGGUUGCUGAAAUGGAGCGGUUAGAAGGGCUGCUGAAGAAGCAGGAAAUGGGUGAUCUGCCCACUAACACCUGGCUUGAUGCACUGGUGUACAAAAAGAUGAUGCAAAUACGCAAAGAAGCGCUCAAGGCCGAAGCAGCAGCUUUGAACCGACAGAGCAAGGCGAAUGGGAUGAACGGUGAUGCCCAUGCUGGCGACGAAGAGCUCUUCUACCUCGAUAUCGAGCUUCCGCGCUUUGACCACGCUAUCAUCUUCACCGAUGUUGAAUAUCCUCCUCCGCCCGUUUCGGACUUGCGGCUGCCUGCGGAAGCCGAUGUGAGGUUACGCCCACCGCCCGAAGUCUCUUUCGGCCCAGGCAUAGAUAUUGACGGCAUCGGCUACGGUGAUGCCGAUGCUGGCCGCCUCAUCAAGAUCUACGACCCCGAAGUCGGGCGAAGGGUCAACCCCGCCGAAGACAAGCAUCGCGAGUUGAUGCGCAGUCAGCAGACGGAUUCACUGGAUCGCGAUCGAAAGCCCAACGUGCACGUACGCGAUAAGCUCAAUCUCUUGCUAGCCAAGGGUCCUCUCGAAGAAAUUACAUCGCAUGAGCGAGACGAUAUCUGGAAGUUUAGAUAUUUCCUGCUCCGCGACAAGCGAGCUCUUACCAAGUUUGUCAAGUGCGUCAACUGGAAGAACCCAAGGGAAGCGCGACAAGCGGCACCUUUGCUUGAUAAAUGGGCAGAAAUUGACGUGGAUGAUGCCCUUGAACUACUGGGACCCCAUUUCGAUCACCCAGUAGUACGAAGUUAUGCUGUCGAGCGCCUCAAGAAAGCAGACGACGAAGAGCUCCAGCUAUAUCUCUUGCAGCUGGUACAAGCCUUGAAGUAUGAAGCGCCUGGUGAAGGCGAUGACUCAUCACUAGCACGCUUCUUGGUUACCCGCGCAGCCAACAGCUUCACGUUGGGCAACUUCUUGCACUGGUAUCUCAUGGUGGAAAUUAGUGACACUAGUACCGACCAAGAGCCAGAACACCGCGACCUCUUCGCCAAGGUUGAAUAUGACUUCAUGGUCGAGCUGGAGAAGACACCCGAAGGUGUCGAGACGCGCAAAACCUUUCAGCGACAAGGUGAACUUCUCACCAUCCUAGCCAAGAUCUCGAAAGACGUUCGCUUUGGAGGCGGCGAUCGUCCCACAAAACUCGCAAGACUCAAGAAGGCUAUUGCAGACCCCAAGAAUGAGCUCACCAACUUUGAGCCACUGCCACUGCCCCUCGAUCCAUCAGUCUAUAUCACUGGCAUAUCUACAGAAGACUGUAAUGUCCUCAAGUCAUCACUUCUGCCAAUGGUUCUCUCCUUCAAGACCACUACUGCGAACCCAUACCCCAUCAUUUUCAAGACCGGUGACGACCUGCGACAAGACCAACUGGUUAUCCAGAUCAUCACACUGAUGGACCGACUCCUGCGCAAAGAGAAUCUUGACUUGAAGCUAACACCGUACCGUAUCCUCGCCACCUCCACCUCCGCGGGCGCCUUCCAGUUCGUACCCAGUAUGUCCAUCGCAGCAGCAUGCCAAAAGCACAAAGGUUCUCUCCUCGCCUACCUUCGCGCCAACAACCCCGACGACAGCGCCCCCCUCGGCGUCCGCAAAGAAGCCAUGGACACAUACAUCAAGUCCUGCGCCGGCUAUUGCGUAAUAACCUACCUCCUCGGCGUCGGCGAUCGCCAUCUCGACAACCUCCUCCUCGCCCCCUCAGGCGCCUUCUUUCACGUUGACUUUGGCUACAUCCUUGGCCGAGACCCCAAGCCCUUUGCUCCCGCCAUGAAACUCUGUCGCGAGAUGAUCGAAGGUAUGGGCGGCGUCCAACACCCAAAUUACCUCGUUUUCAAAGAAUACUCGUAUACCGCUUGGUCUACGCUGCGCAAAUCUUCGAACCUUAUCUUGAAUCUGUUUGCGCUGAUGCAAGGCGCCAAUAUCCCGGAUAUCAAGGUUGAGCGCGAGGGCAGUGUGCGCAAGGUGCAGGAGAGGAUGUGGUUGGGUAAAGGCUCCGGUGGCGGUAAAGGUGAGGACGAGGCGGCGCGAGAGUGGGAGGGGCUGGUGGAGGAGAGUCUGGGUGAUUGGAAGGCAGGUGUGAUUGACUGGGCACAUGAGUUUGUGCAAACGUAUUGGCGGAAGUAG